CGUCUUUCAUACAAACCACCACUUUCCUUCACGCCUGUUCACGACCAGGAUAAAAAUGACGACUCAGUUCGACAAUAUAUAUCAUGGACUCUCUCCGGAGGCUGGCAAGCUGCGUAUCGCGGUCAGUGGAAUGGCAUGGAGAGGAGAAGAUAGCCAACAGACCAUAGCUAUUCCACAAGACGAGAUGAAGUGGGCACAGUGGAUCCGUGUCGCACGGAACUACCAGUUGAGAAUAGGUCUCGGCAAUAAGGACAAGAAGAACGCGGACAGGAAGAGGGAGACGUUCGAUGGUUUUGCGCGAGAUGACCACGACAGGCUUGCACAGUUGCUAAAACAACAUUUCAGCAUCGUGUUGGAAACGAAGGAGGCGUCAGUGAAGGGCUGGAAUUGGGGCAUGACCGACUUCCAAGGCCAAGACCUUGUGUUUCUCGUUUCCAACAAGACUGCUUUUGAACUACCCUUGGCGAAGGUCGCGAACUCUAACAUCGCUGGUCGAACAGAGGUCUCUCUCGAGUACCCAGUGGCAGCCCAAGUGGACAAGAAAGCGUCCCGCCAUGGACCUGACGAACUGACUGAAAUUCGUUUCUACGUGCCCGGCACGCACACGAAGGAAGCACGCGGAUCAGAGGAAGGCUCACAAAAUUCCGAAGACGAGGGAGAAGAGAUCAGUGCUGCACAGGCAUUCCACGACGUGAUCAAGGAGAAGGCGGAGAUUGGCCAGGUUACUGGAGACAUCAUCCUCAGCUUUGAAGAGGUCCUUGUCCUCACACCCCGUGGCCGUUACGAUGUGGACAUGUUCCGCGACUUCUUGCGCUUGCGCGGUAAGACGUAUGAUUACAAGAUACUUUACACCACCAUUGCCAAGCUCUUCCUUCUUCCCAAGGACGAUAUGCAUGUCCUGUUCAUUCUUGGUCUUAGCACGCCCAUUCGUCAAGGUCAGACUCGUUACCAGUACUUGGUCAUGCAAUUUAGCAGGGACGAAGAGAGCACCGCCGAGCUCAACAUGCCCGAGGAGGAAGUCGAGAAGUAUGACCGCCUGAAAAAAUCGUAUGACGAGCCUACCUUUGAAGUCGUCUCUGGUGUGUUCCGCGCUUUGUCUGGCAGAAAGAUUAUCGGUGCUGGCAGCUUUCAGAGCCGAGAUGGUCACCCGGCACUGAAGGCUAACCUGAAGGCUGUCCAAGGCGAUCUUUUCUUGCUUGAGAAAUACAUCUUCUUCGUAUCAAAAACUCCUACCCUUAUCGACCUCUCGGACAUCCACCAGAUCGUCUUCUCGCGUCUCGGUGCCGGUGUUGGUGCAACUGCUGCCCGUACAUUUGACUUGAAGAUCGUCACUAAGAGUGGUCCUGAAUUCACCUUCACCUCUAUCAACAAGGAGGAGCACGAGGUGACCGAGGAGUACCUGAAAGAGAAGAAGGUCAAGGUUAAGAACGAGAUGAUGGAGGGUGAGCUAAUCAUGGGUGUCGACGAUGACGAUGACGAGAUGCAGAGCGUCGUGAGCGACGGCGAGGAGGCGCCAAAGCCGAGAACAGGUGGCUUGGACGACGACGAAGACAGCGAGGAAGGUGAGCACUAUUUCGCAUGAAGACUUCCAGGCGGACGGCUCAGACUCUGGCUCGCCGACCGACACCUCGUCGGACGAAGAUGGCGGCGAGACCGCCUCAGAUGCGAGCGGUGACCGUGAGUUCCUCGGAAAAGGCAAAAGCAAGGGCAAAGCGCUCGCAAAGAAGGCAUCUGCGAAGAAGUCCAAAGCCAAGUCAGAGGAUAGCGACGGUGAGGAGGACGAAAAGCCCGAAAAGCCGAAGAAGGCGGCCCCACGGCCGAGACCCAAACCGACAAAGAAGGGUUCCGACGACGAGGCCAUGGACGUCGACGAGGAGAAGCCGAGGCCGAAGCCGAAGCCGAAACCCAAGGCAAAACCCAAGGCAAGUGAGCCAGAAGAGGGACCUGUUAAGAAGAAGCAGAAGAAAACUUCGGAUUAAACUUGUCUAUUCUCUCCACCCCUGGACCGUUUGCUCAGCCCCUAUUCCUUAUGCUAUCGCUUACCUUUUGUAUCAAUCCACAUCUCGAUCCACGGCUGUGGUGUGCUCUCGAUGUCGAUUCCAUGCUCUGAUUUGAUUUACAAGCUCUCGAUACAGUGCGACGAUGCUAGGAUGUCUAGAGAAACGAAUGUGAGGCUAGCAAUGACCAGAAAGGACGAUACGGGUAAAGAAAGAGCGACUAGUUUGCCAGGAAAUAAAGAUGAAUGAAAGGUCAAAAGUCUAUUUACGGAUUUUUAGCUAAGAGCGAGCCUGGUAUGAAGGCAACCGGAGGUGGCUCUGUAACCGUGCCUUGUGCGGCACCGAAGUUGACUAGAGGUUGCGCAGGGCGCUUGCGCGUGCCGGAGCGGGAAAGCGACGCGCCUGAAGUGAUAGCUGUGGAGGCCGUCGACAAGACGUUACGGUCCUGAUGUAGGAUGUAGGACUAGAUAUCAAGUGUCAGCC